GUGUUUCGAUGCUUUCGACUUGUGGUCCCAGGCGCAAAAGCAGCCACCGGAGGCUCAAAGGAGCGCGCGGGCAGCCCCAACCAUGGGGCCCAUGCCCGGCCGGCGGCGCCUCGCCGCCCUGGCGCUCGUGCUCGGCGCACAAGCAAAUAAGCGGCCGAACCUCCUGCUGGCCCUCGUCGACGACUUGGGCAGCGGCGACGUUCAGUAUAAUGACCCGGCGAUGGUCACGCCCGAGCUUAGUUCAUUGGCGGAGGACGGCGUGAUCCUGGACCGCUUCUACGCGGCGGCGACGUGCACGCCGGCGCGCGCGGCGCUCAUGACGGGCCGUCUUGGUAUUCGCACGGGCAUGCAGGACUCCGUGAUCCACGCCACGGAGCCCCGCGGCGUGCCCCUCGACGAAGUAUUUCUCGGCGAGAAGCUCCAGAGCGCGGGCUACCGCACGGCGAUGGUCGGGAAGUGGCACCUGGGCUUCCACGAGGCCGCCUACACGCCCCUCAAACGCGGUUUCGAGAAGUGGUACGGCAUCUUCCCGGGCGGCGGCUCGCACACGGGCCAUUUUAGCGUGUCCCAGCCGUUCACGGCGCGCGGCGGCACGGACGUCACGUGGUCGGGUUUUAACCUGUGGGACAACGACGCGCCGUCGGCCGACAACAAGUCGCCGACGCACACGACCCAUUUGUACACCGCCAAAGCGAAGGAAUAUAUAGAAACGUUCGAGGCCGCGGCGCCGGCGUACGCGGCGCCGCCGCGCAAGACGCCGCGCAAACUUAGUAUUAGGGACCCCUGGUUCCUCUACCUGUCAUAUCAAGCGGUGCACGACCCCGUGGAAGUGGGCGACGCCAAAUACGUCACGGACACAAACUGCAAAUCACUCGACGCGCCGCGGUCGGAGCUCUGCGGCAUGGUCGCCGAGGUCGACGACGGCCUCAAGACUUUGAGGUUGACCCUGGAGGCCAACAAUGCCUGGGACCGCACUUUGUUAGUGAUAGCCUCGGACAACGGCGGCGUGCCGGCGCACGGCUCCUCAAAUUAUGGCUUAAGGGGCGAGAAGGCCCAGUACUACGAGGGCGGCGUGCGCGUGCCGCUCGUCGUGAGUGGUGGAUAUGUCAAUAAACAAGCGCGGGGCCGGCGGCUCCAAUCGCUCGCGCACGUGACGGAUCUGCACGCGACGUUCCUGCAUCUCGCCCAGUAUCAGCCGCGGGCGGAGGACAAAGCGUUGGAUGGUGUGGACCUCGCGCCCCACUUGUUUGGGACUGCGCCGCCGCCGCGCGACGAAAUUUUGAUCAAUAUGAAUUCCGCGCAUUUUGGGGAAGCGGGAGCGCUCAUCGUGGGCGACUUUAAAUAUGCGACCAACGCGGAGCCGAGCGAGGCGGGCAUCUACGCGCACGUGCGCAAAGCGCUCGCGAAGGGGUCGGCUCCUUUGGAGAAUUUAGUCGCGGCCGCGCGCGACGAGGUCGUGGGCGCGACGACGCCUACGCUGUUUAACAUCGCGAAGAAUCCCAACGAAAGGACCGACUGCGAUACCGAGGACAUUGAGGAGUCGUGCGACUUGUACGCGCACCCGGCCUACGUCGAGGUAAGGGAGGCAAUGGAGCAGCGCUGGGCGCAGUACCGGUCGGAGAUGGUCGAAUCGACCUUCGCCUGGGCCGACGACGGCCCGCUGGCGGACCCCGCGCUCUUCGACGGCGUCUGGGCGCCGUGGCGCGACCGCGCGGGGCCGCGCGCGACCUACGCGGGCCUGGCGUCUUCUUCCGGUGAGGCGGAGCUCAUCGCAUCCCCAAAAGCGACUCCGGGCUCGUCGAUGAUGGUCACGACCGUGGCCGUGGGCUUAUUAUCGUUCGUCCUCGGCGCGUCGCUGUCGCGGUGGAAGAGGCCGCGGCACGCGUACCUGCCAAUCGCCGAGGACUACUAACUUACUGUUUGUGUU